AUGGGCAUGAACAUGUGGUAUCUGCCUCUGGAUAGACUUCGUCCUGACCCUCAGGCUCCGAUCUUCGUGAGCACCAACAUCCACGAGGCUUCUCGCGUGAUUAUCCUCAUCGGCAACCUUAUUGAAGACCUGGGUGUCUUCUCUUACCGAGAUAUCUGUGACGACGGAAUCGAAUUCGGCUCUGUCCUUCAGCUGGCAACCUGGGCUAUGUCCGGUGCAGAGCAAAACACUGCCUUGAUCUUGGCAAACCCUGGUAGCCAGAUCUGGCAAAACAGCCUUAAUGAGGCUGUGAACAUGGAGUCCUUUAAUGCACGUCCUCUUGUAUCUGCUGCGGCUAGAUCCCGGGCUAUUGCUCUUCGCAACGCCGUCCAGAUCAAGGAGUCUCUGUUCACUCACACCCAGCACAUCUUUGAGAGAUUGCUGUAUGCAAAGUUGAAGCUGGGCAGCAAGGUGGACGUCAUUGGCCUGUCCGAGGGUGGAUAUGCGGCCGUGAUGUACCUGAAGCAGAACUGGUCAUUCUGGCGGCCUCACAUUUCGACCAUCGCGCUGGCCAACCCAGAGCAGGUUGUGACUGUCGACUUUGAUGUCUCUGACUUGGGAAACCCCGAGUCAUUCCUCUCGUUCCUCAAGAACCGAGGACGUGGCUUCGUGCUUUCCAGUAAGGAACUGGGCGCCCGUGAGGUUGGACUGGGGACGCAUGGCGUGAACUGCUUCUCGGGCGGCGAAGACUAUCGCAUUACCCGGUUAGUCUCGAGCUCGAUCUCCCACAUUAUUAGCUGGCAGAACGUCAUGUACCUUAUCCCGACCAUGGUGGAACAGGUUGUUCUCGUCGACGGUGAACCUUAUCCUGAUGGUCAGGUCAUCCGGGGGAUGCUCGGCCUUGAUGUGUAUGAGAACUAUUCUGAGGAUCAGCCCCUGGACACCGCGUUGGGCGAAGUGCUCGAGGGCUUCGUCAACGGUUUAUUUACAGAGAUGGACCUUACCGACGCAGAAGAGAAUGAAGAAUCUCCCAAGGAUGAUCCGAAGAUGCUUGGUGCUGAGUCGUUCAAAGUGGUGGGGGUAGUUGACGAUGGUGAGUCUCGGGUCCCUGGGGAUCUGCGUGAGACGUUCUGUGGCAGCAACCACGUCAGGUACGAGGAAGGUGCCGGCACCACCGCCAGCGAGGGUGUGCCUCACGAAAAGAGAAAGAGUGAUGAGGACUCCGACAGCUCAGACAGUUCCUCUGAUUCAGAUGCUACGGUUACCGAGGAAACUGAGCGUACCAGCCGCAUGAGGUCCAGAUUUCACGAAGAAAUCGGGGUCAAUCGUGCAGCUCAGUUUGGGUUGACACCCCUGCCGAACAUCCGUGAGGAUUCCGGCGAAGAGUAG